AUGGCGGUACCGCCAAGUCGGAAGCCACUGCUGGAGACGACCGCAACUACGACCGAAUUCCAUUCCAGCCAGCAUUCUCGUAACACCGCAAAGAUGCCAGCGGUACAAUUCCAAGACUUACCGGACGCUGCUCCGCGCAUUGGUUUUAUGAGUUGCCAGCCUGCGACCUCAGAAUGGGACGUACCUCCACCACCAUACUCCGGAUUAGAAGAGCCCACGCCGGAGAUCGCGCGACUGCGCAGAUUCCUGUCGUUUUGCUUGGCUAUCGACUAUGAGUGUCUCGAAAUCUCUCCAGACCUACUUGACAAGAAGGAGCUAUUGCACUGGGCAGCCAUAAGUCAGCUUUGCUUCGGAGUCUUUACAAAAGCUCGACCACGUUCCAGGUGGCCUCUUUUGGAUUGGCCAAAGAAUGCUGUCCAUCAUCCGCAGAUCGAAAAAUACAUACUGAAGCCCGCUACGGCCCUGGGAGUCCCAGCUCAAAUGGUGUUCCUCAUGACAAGGGUUUUUAUAACCGCCCUGGACAACCUGUAUCAGCAUACCCUUGAGGAGAUUGUACUGGCCUACGGACAUAAUGUCUUAGCCUACAGAAUUUACACCGAUCGGGUAUAUCUCUUCGAUAGAGUGCUUCCGCCAGAUUCGGAUUACAGGGCUCGCAUAGAGGCAAACAACCGCAAAGCCGAAGAACGAUGGUUCGAGAAGCUUGGCCCUCGGAAGUGGACAAGGCGGCACCCAGGACCAAAUUUCGCCUCAAUCGAAGGAUGGCUCUUCAGUAACCUUGUAUUCGGAGUCUUGUGGCUUAUCCCAUCGGUGCCGGGUACCGUUCUCAUGACUCACACUCGCCGUCUCUACGAUCGUGUCGACCGGUCUUUGUCACCGCGUGCCACUUUGAGUGGUCAUCAGAAGAAAGAAAGACGAUGA